CGGGUUCUAACCUCAGCUUUGGCCUCUGGACUUCUUUCUGCCUCCAGUCCCUUUGAUGAGCCCACCCGGUAGCCCCCCGACACGAGAGGAAAGUAAUUUCUCCGGCCGAAGAGGUCUUACGUGCUGUCUGCCCGGAAGCGGAAGUGACGUCAGUGGUCCACCGCCUCCUUUCUGGCCCGGUUCGCCCGAGACCUCACGACUUGGUGGUCUUAGGUCUCAGCCUGGCUUUGAGGGAAUAGAAUUUCCGGCACUGGAGUCACGUUGAUCCAGACCCUGCGUGCUCCUCCGGGGACCCGGCGAUUCCUGCGUGUCCGGGUACUGGGGGUUGAACCCAGGGGUCUUGCAAAGUUGCUGAGGCUGGUCUCCAAUGUACCUUCCUCCUGAGUCAGCAGGAGGAUUACAGAACUUCGGAUCUUUAAGGACAGGACAUUUUCUGUGUACUCCUGCUCUGGUUAUGCCUACUACAGAAACAGGACUUCCUAAUUAUUUGGUGAAAGAAUGAAAGAGUAAGCCAGACCUGAGAUAAACUUCCAGUAGCCACAGUAAACAAAGUAGAACAGGAAUGGAGAUUGCUUCUGUCCACUUAGAUUCAUACGCUGCCCUAAAGUGGUCUUGGCAUCAGGGAAGGGAGCAUUCAGGCACAUUUCACCAUCAGCAUCCCAGGAUGGCAGCCAUUGAUUUGCCCCAUGGCCUUCUUUCCAGGGAACCCAUCUACUUUUAUGAAGAAAAGACAAAAGUAGAAAGGAUGGUGACUGACUACCAGGCAAAUUAUUACCAGGAUUCAGUGACCUUUGAUGAUGUGGCUGUGGAGUUCACCCUAGAGGAGUGGACUUUACUGGACACAACUCAGAGAAACCUAUACAAAGAUGUGAUGCUGGAGAACUUUGAGAACCUGACCUCAGUAGGAUUUCAGUUCUUCAUACCUAGUUUGAUCUCCUGGUUAAAAGAAGAAGAGUUGAGGACAAUGGAAAGUGAAGUUCUUCAACCUUCGGAAUUGGAACUCCAACCUAGCACUCAAGGGUCAGAGCUUCAGAAUGACUUUUUGACACAAACUUCCAUUGGGAUACAAACGCAGGCAAGCCUCAAUGAUGGAGGGAAACUGUGUGACUAUAAGCCAUGUGGAGAAGUACCCUUUGAACAGUCAUGCCUUAUGACAGAUGUGAGAAUGCCAAAUCAAGGAUACAUUUCUGAGGGUAAUGGGUAUGGAGAAAACAUCCUUACUCUACAUAAGCAAACCUCUACUGAACAGAACCUUUCUGAGUUGAAUCAGUGUGAACAAGUCUUCAGCCUGACUCCAGAUAUGAUGUACCAGGGAACCAGCAUGACAGAGAAACCUUUUGAAUACAGAGACAGUGGGGAAGCCUUCUUUAAUCAGUCAUACCUUCAGGCAAAUAUGAGAACUCACAAUGGAGGAAAUCCGUAUGAAUGGGAGAAAUAUGGGAAUGAACCUAUUCAUGCCACAGACCUUGAUGUACAUCUUCAAAUUCUCAAUGCAACAAAACCCUACAAAUGGGAGGAAUGUGGAAAUGGCUUUCAGUGUUUUGUAUGCCUUAAUAAUCCCAUGGGAACUCACACUGGAAAUAAACUCUGUGAAUGCAAGGAAUGUUGGAGAGCCUUUGCAGUUUCCUCACACCUAACUCAGUAUGUAACAAUUCAUACAGGAGAGAAAUCCAAAAAAUGUGAGCAAUGUGGGAAGUGCUUCAAUACUUUUUCUCAACUUUCUGCACAUAUAAAAACCCAUAAUGGAGAAAAGGCCUUCCAAUGUAGGGAGUGUGGCAAGUGCUUUAAAAAUAAUGCAUACCUUAAUGAUCACAGUAGAAUUCACACUGGAAGAAAAUCAUAUAAAUGUGUGGAAUGUGGGAAAGCCUUUCUUCGGUGGUCAGGCCUGACUGAACACAUACGAGUUCACACUGGAGAGAAACCUUAUGAAUGUAAGGAAUGUGGGAAAACCUUCUCUAGAUCUACUCAGCUUACUGAACAUAUAAGAACACACACUGGAAUCAAACCCUAUGUAUGUAAGGAAUGUGGGAAAGCCUUCACUCAGUAUUCAGCCCUUGCUACGCAUGUACGAAUUCACAGUGGAGAGAAGCCCUAUGCAUGUAAGGAAUGUGGGAAAGCCUUCACUAGGACUUCAGGCUUGAUUCAUCACGUAAGAACUCACACUGGAGAGAAGCCUUUUGAAUGUGUUCAGUGUGGGAAAUCCUUCAUUACUUCCUCUCAUCGUACUAAACAUUUGAAAAUUCACAGUGGAGAAAAGCCCUUUGUGUGUGACAUAUGCGAGAAAGCUUUUAUAUAUUCUACAUCCCUUAACAUUCACAUGCGAACCCAUACUGGAGAGAAACCCUACAUAUGUAAGCAAUGUGGGAAAGCAUUUGCUGUUUCCUCACGCCUAAACAAACAUGCAAAAAUUCACACUGGGAAGAAGGCCUAUGAAUGUAAAGGUAUGGGUGUUACUAUUUAGCCCAUCUGUUGCGACCUUUAAAGUUGACAGUGACACCAAAGAUCAUCAGAUUAGUCUUAAUUGCCUUGUAUGGGUUGUAAUGGCUCAGAUUAUCCUUAGAUGCCAUCGUGAUUGAAAUAAGAUAUGUUGAUCCCUGGAACUUUUUUCUAUUUUAGUAAUGUUUGGGAUCAACCACAGGGUUGAUGUACCACUGAGCUACAUCCCUGGCCCCUUCCCUGUUGCCCAUUCACAGAUACCCAAGUCUGAGCACUUGUGGAUCUUAGGUGAGGUCAGUAUUGCAGGUUGGCCUCAUUCUGGUGCUUGGACUCAGUGAUUGUAGCAUUAAUACAUGCUAUAUGAGAUAAAUGAAGAUUUGGUUCUAUCCCUUGUUGGUUAGUGACUGCCAGUGUGGCUUAUUCAUGUGAUAAUUCACCAGAAGCCAAGAUGAUAUAGGACACAAGUGGAUUGUUAAAAGACACUCCUCCAGGCAUCUCCUCUGACCCCAGUGAUCUCACUGAGCAUGCCAAGAAGGAAACCAUCUUUACCUGUUUUUAAUGGCUAGUCCAUAUUUGUAACUGAUUAUUCCUAUGUCCCCUUAUAAAAUCUAAGAAAUUCGCUAUCUUGCCUGCUGGGGUCUUUAUAGAUCUAAACAGCAGUGUCUUUGCUAGUAUAAUCUUUAAUUUCUAUUCCUUAGUUUGUUUUUUUGUGUGUUUGUUUGUGUGUUUCUCCAGUACUGGGGAUAAAUCUAGGGCCUUGCCAUGCUAGGCAAGCACUCUCACUGAAUUACAUCCUCAGUCCUUAAAAAAAAAAAAAAAAAAAAAAAAAAAAAUUCCUUUUAAGACAGGGUCUCACUAAAUUGCCCAGAUUGGCCUAGAACUUAUGAUCCUCCUGCCUCAGCAUCCAGAGAGGUUGAAACUGCAGGCAUGGCCACCAUGUCCGGCCAACCCACGAUCUCCUUAUUGAAUAGUUACUCAACCACAUUUUUAGUAUAAGCUUUCUCAGUUUUUGUAGUAUUUUUAGGCUUAAAGUUUUCCAAAUCUCCCAAGCUGUGGUUCCUUUUUGCUUAAUAUUUUUUCUUUAAUUCAGUUAUCAUUUUUUGUUUGUUUUGUUUUUGGUUUUGUACUGGGAAUUGGACCCAGAGGGGCUUUACCACUGUGCCACAUCCCCAGCCCUUUUUAUUUUUUUGAAACAGGGUCUUGCUGAGUUGCUUAGGGCCUCACUAAGUUGCUGAGGCUGGCCUUGAACUUGGCAAUUCUUGUCUCAACCUCCUGCAUUGCUGGAAUUACAGACAUGCACCACACUGCCCAGCUCAGCUCUUGCAUUUAAUAAGAGGAGUCAGGAGGAACCAAGUUGCUCCUUCAACAUUUUAAUUACAGUUCUGACUUUCAGUUGUAUUACUAGAAUUCAGUUCUGCCAAGUUCUUUACCUCUGCCUUUCAAGGAUUGCAUUUUCUCCAUUUUCUAAUAAUAUGCUCUUCAUUGCCAAGUGACACCUCACCAGAAUAUCCUUUCAUGUCCUUUUUUUCUAGCAUGUACUUUAAAAAUUUUUCAGCCUCUACACAUUACUCAGUUUCAAAGCUGCUUGCACAUUUUUAGGUACUUUUUACUGCAAACUCCACUUCUUAGUUCCAAAAUCUAUCAUAUUCAGCUUAGGCCACCAUCACAAAAUACCUUCGACCAAGUGGCUUAAACAGUGGUUCUGUUUUGAAUCUAUAAACUGAAAAGAUACAGAAAUUUAUUGUCUCACAUUUCUGAAGGCUGAAAGUCAGAUCAAGAGUACCAGCAUAGUCAACUUCCGGUGAGGCCUGUGUUCCUGGCAUGCAUUUGCCAAGCUCUUCAUUGUGUCUUCACAUGAUGGAGACUAAGAACAAGGUCUCCUCUUUCUCCUCUGAUGAAAUCAUAGCCCUAUCGGAUUUGUUCUCCACUCUUGACCUCACUUAAUCAUUCAGUGAAUACCUAAAGGCCCCACUUUAAAAGUCACAUUGGGGUUUAAAAUCAACAUGAAUUUUGGGAAUCACCACUUUAGGGCACUUAAACACAUAAAUUCUUUUGGUUUUCCAUCAAGCAGUCAUAUCUGUAGAGAAUGACUAUUAUUUUUCUACUUCAAUUGUUAUAAUAAUUUUUUUUUAAGGAGUAUGAUUGACGGCACAAUAUUUACCAAAAGUAGUAAAAGCAGCGUGUUUUUCUUCAAAGUUCUAAUGAGAUGCUCUCCAUUUUAUUGACUUGUUUGCUGUAGGUUUUUACUUAUUACCCAGUCCAUGUGUAAAGAUUUCCCAAUAUUCCAUAGUUUGUGAGGCUGCAUUCCUCUUGGAAUUGCCUUCCCUGCAUCCUGUGAUCAUGUUCGUUCACUGGUAAGACUCAAGUACUUAGAACUCCAAUUGGCCCGUGAUGACUAAUAAAUACUUGAAUGAGUGAAUGAAUGAAAGGACUCGCAAAUGUGGUCAUUUAUUGAUUUUUAUAAUUUAUUGAUUUAAUUUUUUUUUUUCAUGUCUGACCAAGUUGCUCAAGGCCUCUCUGAAUUACUAGGUUGAGCCUCGACUUAUAAUCCUCCUGCCUCAGCCUCCCAAGUCUCUGGGAUUAUAGGCGUGAGGCGCCAUGCCUGGCUAUUGAUUUUUUUAAUCUUAAAAUUUAAAAAAUGUUUUGGUGAUCAAACCCAGGGCCUCACACAUGCUAGGGAAGCAGUCUACCACUGAUAUACCUCUAGUCCAGCUAGUGUUAACCUUGUGUUCUUAGAUUCACUCAACUUGGACAUAAUGGAUCAUCUUUAAGGUAACUUGCAUUUACUAAUGUUAUAAAAUCUCACAAAUAUAUGUUUAAAUAACAGUGGCAUGUAAUUGUUCUGUAAUAAAAAGUGGGGCAUGUGCUUAGCAUGUGCAAGGCCCUGGUUCAAUCCCAAGUGCUACCAAAAUAAUAAUUCAAGAAAGACUUGAAUGAUAUUUAUAUGUAGAUUAUGACGGUAUCAUACAUUGCAUUGGGGAAUAUUGCCAUGUUUUCUAAAUUCUUAACCUGUUGACUUAUUCAGAUCUAGAGUAGUUCUCACUGUUUUAGGUACCCAUUUUUUACAAUGAUUUUAAGGUAUUUGCUCAAUUUCUUUUGUGGUUAUAGGACAACUAGGGUUUCCAAUUCCGUCUUAUACAUUGUGAGUUAAAAUCUUCUAGGCAUGUUUUCAUUUUUACUUGUGCAGCAAAAAUUUUCUUUUUUUCCUUAUAUUUUUAAUGUUUGGUUGGAUAAUUAAAUUUACUUUAGGUCUCUUGCAUUCUGGAAUGAUUUCUUUGGCAUUUUUAAUCUUGGCAAAAAUAUUUAGUUUUGUGAUUUUCAGAUAUUUGUUUUGAAAAAUCUAAAUUUUCUCAUGUUUUCUAUUCUUUUAGAUAUUUAUAUGGAUAUAUCAGCUUGAUUUUCUUUUCUUUCUUAGUCUCUCUGACUCUUUGUAUAUAUUUUGUUGUUUUUUGGUGCUGGGAAUCAAACCUAGGGCCUCAUGCAUGCUAAUCACGUGCUCUACCUCUGAGCUACAGCCCAGCCCCAGAGGUGUCUUUUUAUACAUACUUUAGUAGCUGGAGUUUAAAAAAAAUUGAAUACUUGAAAAAUCCCUACUAACAAUACUUUUCUUUUUUCUCAAACAUUUAGUCCAUUAUGUAUGAUAUAAUUAGUAAUAAAUUUGGAGUAAUUUCUAGCUUCUUGUUUUUUCUGUUUGUCCUUGUGCUCAUCUGUAUUUGUAUUGGUAUUUUUCAUUGAGAUGAUUCUACUCUUGGUGUUUUAAAUUUGGGUACUCCAUUACUUUUUAGUUGCUAUCUAAACCAUUAAAUUCAUUAAAAAU